CUCGCUGUACCUCCCGCAGCGCCAGCCCAGCCGCCGGCCCUUUCCUACCCGGAAGGCCUCCGGGCCCCAAGGCAGCAGUCGCCGCCGGGCGGUGGCCAAGCUAAACAGGCGGGCGGAGCGGAACGGCGCGCGGUUGCCUAGCAACCGGGGUGCCUAGCAACCGGGGGCGCUUAACAGAGGAGCUGGCCAAGGGAGGCGGAAGUGCGAGCGGGGAAAGAGAGUUAGGUGUCUUGGAAUUGGCCUGGGGGCCUGACCCCUCAGCACCUGCACCAUGGCCACGCUGAGCGUCAAGCCCAGCCCACGCUUCCGGUUGCCAGACUGGCAAACCAACAGCUACCUGUUGUCCACCAACGCCGAGCGCCAGCGAGAUGCCUCACACCAGAUCCGCCAGGAGGCCCGGGUCCUCCGCAGCGAGACCAACAACCAGACCAUUUGGGAUGAGCAUGAUAAUAGGACGCGGCUGGCAGAGAGGAUCGAUACUGUCAACCGAUGGAAGGAGAUGCUGGACAAGUGUCUGACGGAUUUAGAUGCUGAGAUCGACGCCCUGGCACAGAUGAAAGAGUCAGCGGAGCAAAACCUGCAGGCCAAGAACCUGCCUCUGGAUGUGGCCAUUGAAUGCCUGACCCUGCGGGAGAGUCGGCGGGACAUUGAUGUGGUGAAGGACCCCGUGGAGGAGGAGCUACAUAAAGAGGUGGAGGUCAUUGAGGCCACCAAGAAGGCCUUGCAACAGAAGAUCAGCCAGGCCUUUGAGAAGCUCUUCCUCCUGCAGGAAGCCCGACAGCAGCUCAACUCUGACCAUCGUGGCAAAAUGGAGACCCUGGACAUUGACAGAGGCUGCCUCUCUCUCAACCUCACGUCCCCGAACAUCUCUCUGAAGAUCAAUCCCACACGUGUCCCCAGCGGCUCCACCACACUCCAGCAGUGGGAUGACUUCAGUCGGUUCAACAAGGACCGGGGCGAGGCUGAGAUGAAAAGGGCCAUCGAGCUGAGGGAGGCCAUCGCCCUCACUAUUGCCGAGACCAACAACGAACUGGAAGCCCAGAGGGUUGCCACGGAAUUCGCCUUCAGGAAGCGGCUGAGGGAGAUGGAGAAACUGUACAGUGAGCUCAAGUGGCAAGAGAAGAAUACCUUGGAGGAGAUUGCCGAGCUGCAGCAGGACAUCCGGCACCUGGAGGAGGACCUGCGCAGAAAGUUACAGAACCUGAAGCUGUGCCACACCCGCCUAGAGGCCAGGACCUACCGGCCCAACGUGGAACUCUGCAGGGACCAGGCACAGUACGGCCUCACCGACGAGGUUCACCAGUUAGAGGCAACCAUUGCUGCCCUGAAGCAGAAGCUGGCUCAGGCACAGGACGCUCUGGACGCCCUGUACAAGCAUCUGGCCCAGCUGCAGGCUGACAUCGCCUGCAAGGCCAACUCCAUGCUGUUGGACACCAAGUGCAUGGACACCCGUCGGAAGCUGACCGUGCCUGCCGAGAAGUUUGUGCCCGAGGUGGACACCUUCACCCGCACCACAAACCGCACCCUGAGUCCACUCAAAACCUGCCAGCUGGAGCUGGCCUAGGCAGGGGGCUGAGGGAGGAGAGGAAGGCUGGUUGAAAAUGGAAGGGGAUGGGGGGAGCGGAGAGAACGAAUCUAAUAAAGGUCGGGGUUCUCAGUCCA